ACGACAAAAUUUUCGUGCACCUUCGUCUAUCGAGAUCAUGAAUUUAUUAUUCGCCAUCGCCAUCGCUUUCGUCUGCAAUUUAAAAUAAAAAGUUUAUUUUAAGAACUCGUUGCGUUCCAAUAAAAGAAAAAAUGAAAACUUGUCCCUUCAUACCAAAGCCCAAAAAUAAGUGAAUUUAAUUUUGCCAUUAAUUCAGAAUUUUUUGUAUAGCCCUGUGCUCCACCGUCGCCGCCGCCGCUGCCGUAGUGUGCUUCAAUUCAAUUGUAAAGAAAUUUUCUAUUUUAUCACGAAAAAAUAAAUCUAGCCAAACCAAAUAGAAAAAAAGAAAGCAAGCAAGCAAAAAAGUGAGAUAUUCUGAUUGAUUACACAUCCGUGUGCGCCGUGUGAGAAGAAAUGUGAACGUGAACGCGAAGUGAAGUGAUUCCUCGAGAGUUUUCCAUUUGGGAAUUUUAUUUUUGUGGCUGAAAUCUGCUUUGUUGUGUUAGGACGCAAUUCUCUGGGCUUUAUUUAGGAGCAGCAGAAGCACCGACAGACGACCGACAGAAGACACACGACCAUAGUUUCCAGGAUUAUCGAAGAGACAUUGCGACGACAUCUAUAAAAAUAGGUUGAUACCACGGACAAAAAUACUUCUUUUUUUUAAGUAGAAUGGAUCAACCGCUUAUUGUCCAAGCUGAAUACUCAUUCAAGGGUGGAAACAAUGAUGAGUUAUGUUUCCAAAAAGGCGAUCUUAUUACAGUUACCCAACGCGAAGAGGGUGGCUGGUGGGAGGGAACACUUAACGAUAAGACUGGCUGGUUUCCCAGCAAUUAUGUUAUUGAAUAUAAAGCACCAUUACCACCAUCCGAAACGAUACGUCCGCCUGAAGAAAUUCAAGAAUAUCGUUCGGUUGUGUUAAAGGAUUUAUUAGAUAGUGAAAAGGCUCAUGUGGCCGAAAUCCAGGGAUUACUGGAGAAUUUCCUAGAGCCGCUUCAAAAUACACAAAUUUUAACAAAUGAUGAAUACGCUCAAUUAAUGUGCAAUUUUGUGGAGGUUGUGAAAACACACGAUGAGUUGUUGAGCAGUUUAGAAGAAUGCAACGAUCGUGUGGGGAAAUUAUUUCUAACCAAAGCUCCUAUCAUGAAAUCUGUUCAUCAAGCAUAUUGUGCAGCUCAUCCUAGAGCUAUUGUUAUCCUUGAUAAGCACAAAGAUGAUCUUGAAAAAUAUAUGGAACGUCAAGGAGCAGCAUCUCCAGGUCUGCUAGUUCUAACAACGGGUUUGUCGAAACCAUUUAGGCGAUUAGAUAAAUACUCAGCAAUGUUGCAAGAAUUAGAGAGGCAUAUGGAGAGUAGCCAUCCAGAUCGAGGAGAUACUCAACGCAGUGUAGCUGUUUACAAGGACAUUGCUGCUACUUGCUCUGCAACACGAAGGCAAAAGGAAUUAGAAUUGCAAGUGCUCACUGGGCCUGUUAGGGGCUGGCAAGGACAGGAGCUGAGUACGUUAGGUGAUAUAAUCCAUAUGGGAAGUGUGGCUGUCGGAGCCGACCAUAGAGAUCGUUAUUUUGUUCUUUUCCCACAAACUCUCCUCAUACUCAGCGUUAGUCAAAGGAUGAGUGCCUUCAUUUAUGAGGGAAAACUACCGCUCACAAAUAUAGUUGUGAAUCGUUUAGAAGAUACUGAGACUUUCAAAAAUGCCUUCGAAAUAAGUGGUCCGCUUAUUGAGCGCAUUGUAGCCGUGUGCCAGGGACCCAACGAAGCGAAUCGUUGGGUUGACCUUCUUAAUGGAGCUAAUCCCACAUUGCCAAUUAGUAUCAAACGGAAUACCAGUAAUUCAUCGAUGAACGCACCUCAACCACCUUCUCACAUGUCACCGCCAGCCAACUUGGGAUUCGGUCAUUCGAAUCUGCGAACAACACCUCCAAUACAUCAACAGUCACUACACAAACGGAGCCUGUCCUUCAAUCAUCAUCUGAGCUACAAUCAAUAUCACACUCCCACUCAGCAUCCACCUCAUCAUCAACAUCUACCCCCUCUAAGUCAGCAAAAUCAUCUUCUGGGCCUCGGCCACAAAUCAAAUUUAGUCCAGACAUCGAACAGUAUUUCCAAGAUGACAAAUACGGCCGCUAUGGGGGCGGCAGCCGGAGCAGUCCCGGUGGCAAGUCAUCAGGGAAUGGUGCCAAGCGGAAGGAUCGGAAGCAUAAAAGCUAACUGGAGCAUAACGAACCUUCGGCCGGCACCACCACUUCGUCCAAAUUUGCUUAACAAUCAGACAUCAACGACUGGUGGUAGCUCAAACGCCUUAUCUAGCUAUUGCAACAGUCGUAAAAAUCAACCAAAUUUUGAAGAGGAUGCACUUGUAUUACGUGUCAUUGAAGCUUAUUGUGCUGCCUACCAAAACAAUGCAAGGAACACCAUUCACUCAGCCCUACAACCCUGGACACCAUGUUUGCCCAUACGAGGAGGAAAAUUGAAAACCAGUAAACCAUUUUCCACCUCCAACCCACAGCUGCCAUUUCUCUGCAACAGCGGUGGCACUUCUUAUACAAAUUCAGCCGCGCAGGCCCAACAAAAUUCUACCAAUAGUCUGAACUCGUCGUACAUUUGGCGCGAGGCUAGUCCAAAUAAUUUUAACAUGUAUUCGACGUCGGUAUCGUCGCUGAAUACUGCUUAUCGGUACUCGCUGAGCGGCACAUGCGGAGUCAAUCAAAAUAACACUCCCUCACCGGCUGAAUACAGAGCCAUGUCAGAGGAGCGUGCCACAAGAAAGACGCUGAAUAGGUUCAAAACUGGCUCGGGAUAUGACAAUAUAUUCAUGACACCACUGUUGCCCCGAAAGAAUAAGCAACAGUUGAAAAAUUUUAAGAAUGCCUAUCAAACGCACCAACGCACUCCACCACCGCUAAGUCGAAAUCAUUCCGCUGAGGAGAAACAAGCUGAAAAAUACCCCUCGCCGGGACUCUACGACAGAAGACUGAAUCGAUCCUUCGAGACACCACAACAGGGUUAUAUGAAACAAUCAACACUGCGUAGAAGUACACCACACUUGGCCGGAGAUGAUGGUGCAACCGAUACCGAUAGUCAGCGGCAUUCAGCAACAUGGUGUUGUGGAAAUUUCGUUAUGAAACAGUGGCGGAAAAUAAACAAUUACUGAUUUUUAAAGAAAAUUGAUUAGUUUUUUUUUCUCUUUUAAUUGUAAAAAACUAAUUCAGCUGAGCUGAAUUAGAAUUUUUAUAUAAAAUUAAUCAAAUCAAAAUUGAAUGCGAGCAAGAAAUCAUAACGAAAUCAUUUUACUAAGCAACUGAAAGUGAGCUUUAAUAUUUUUAUUUUGUAAUAAAUUUUACUUUCAACUUUGUGAACUUUUGUUCCAAAUUAAAAAACAAACUAACCAAAUUUUCGUCGACGAAGUAAAGUUAAAAGUACAUUUAAAUUAAAUAAAUUAUUACAUUGCAUGUGUAAAAAAUUUAAGUUUAUACAAAAAUGUAUAUUAAGUAUUUAUGCCUAGACAUCAUAUUAAUUCAGCUGAGCUGAAUAUAAGUUUUAAAACUUAAAAUCAUAUAAAUUUCGAGUAGUUAGGUACGAUACGACGAGUUUAACAUAAUAAGGAUACAAAUUUAUAAGGGAACUCGCUGGCGUCUCUUGAUUUUUAUCAUCAUUUUUUUACAUGAUAUUAAGCGUCUUUUAGAAUUAUUGUAAUUUAAAGAAUAAACAAAAAAACAAUGUGCUGUUUCUUUAUAUAAUUAACCCUGUGAUGUUUAAAUGAAGAAAACUAAACAAAAAUCGAUUACGAAUAAUAUUACGAAAUUUAUGGAAACAAAAAUAAUAUAAUUAUGCGUAGAAACUUAUAUCCAACAUUUUUUUUUUUUUGACUUAAACCGAAACACGACUUUUUAAAAAGAUGAUAAUAAAUAAAUUCUAGAAUUAAGUUAGUAAGUUAAAUAAAUACAAACAAAGAAAUAAAUAAACUAAAUCUAGUUGCUUUUUUGGCUAUAAAUUAAUAUGCAUAUGAGUCCAUUUUUUGUUAGCAAGCAUUUUAAGAUAUUAAACACAAAACAGUGCAACUUUUUUAAAUUAUUAUGAUAUUUUAUAUUUAUUGUUGUAUAUAAAUAUUUUUUCAAUGAAAAUAAUUAUAUAUAUAUAUAUUAUAUAGCACAAACAAACUAAAGCAAAAAUCAACUCUAUAGAAACAAUAAGCCGUCGUCAAUAUUUUCCUUAGUUCAAUUACUGCAAUUCAAAUUCAAACUCUGCAAAGAACACAUCCAAAUAAAUAAAUAUAUUAAUAUAACUACAACUAAAUUGUUUAUCAAAUGCAGAUGCCAUAAUUAUACUAUAUAUAUACAAAUAAAUUAUAUAAAAUUAGGUAUUUAAGAAAUAAGAUUUUUUUUUUAUAAAAUCAAACUAUAAUCGUGUAAGAAAACUAAAUAUAAGGAAAUAUAUUUA